AUGCACUAUGAUUGUCCACUUCAAAACAUCAAAGAUCCUCUUCGGCAGAGAGGACUACUCAUGUCAACUCGUCGAUUUCUACGUCAUUGUCAAUAUCAGCAAUUUGAAGAUCUCAUUAGAAGUUUGACGCAAUGUGACAGGGAAGCCUGCGGUCGUCUUCCAGUGUCAACAGUUAUGGACCUUUGCUUGGAGUACAAACUACCUGUGGACUUUUGUAUUUAUCUUUUUCUUUUUGUCUUUUUCUAUUUUCUUUCUUUCUUUCUUUCUUUUUUUCUUUCUUUGUUUCUUUUUUUGUCUUUUUUUCUUACUUUUUUUUUUUUCUUUUUUUUUUCUUUCUUUCUUUCUUUUGUCUUUCUUGUCUUUCUUUCUUUCUUUUUUCUUUCUUUUUUCUUUCUUUCUUUCUUUUUUUCUUUCUUUUUUCUUUUCUUCAAAUUGUCUUUCUUAUGUAUCUUUCUUUCUUUCUUUUGUGUCUUUCUUAUGUAUCUUUCUUUCUUUCUUUUGUGUCUUUCUCUUUGUAUCUUACUUUUUUCUUUUCUUUUCUUUCUUUUAUUUUCUUUUUUUUUUUUGUUUCUCUGUCUUUCUUUCUUUUUUUUUUUUUUUUUUUCUUUCUUUUGUAUCUUUCUUUCUUUCUUUUGUGUCUUUCUUAUGUUUCUUUCUUUCUUUUGUUUCUUUCUUAUCUUUCUUAUUUUCUUUCUUUUUUUCUUUUUUUUCUCUUUAUUUUUUUCUUUCUUUUUGUCUUUCUUUUUAUCUUUCUUUCUUAAUUUUCUUUUUUUCUUUCUUUUUCUUUCUUUCUUUCUUUUUUAUUUUUUGUAUUUAUCUUAUCUUUCUUCAUUUUUUUCUUUUUUUUUAAUCUUAGAAUUUUUCUUUCUUUUGUGUCUUUUCUUCUUUCUUUCUUUUCUUUAUUUUUUUUCUUUCUUAUCUUUUUCUUUUUUUCUUUUGUUUCUUUCUUUAUUAUCUUUCUUUCUUCUUUUUUUUUCUUUCUUUAUUAUCUUUCUUUCUUUCUUUUGUGUCUUUCUUAUGUAUCUUUCUUUCUUUCUUUUGUGUCUUUCUUAUGUAUCUUACUUUCUUUCUUUUGUGUCAUUUUUCUUUAUCUUUCUUUCUAUUUUUGUGUCUUUCUUAUGUAUCUUAUUCUUUCUUUCUUUUGUGUCUUUCUUUAUAUAUAUUUUUUCUUUCUUUUGUGUCUUUCUUAUGUAUCUUUCUUUUUUUUUUCUUUUUUUCUUAUGUAUUAUUUUUCUUUCUUUUGUUUCUUUCUUAUGUAUCUUUCUUUCUUUUUUUUGUUUCUUCUUUAUUUAUCUUCUUUUCUUUUCUUUCCAAAUCUUUCUUUUCUUUCUUUCUUUCUUUCUUUUCUUAUUUAUUUCUUCUUUUCUUUCUUUCUUUUUUUCUUUUUUUAAAUUUCUUUUUUUCUUUCUUUUCUUUCUUUUUUUUUCUUUCUUAUGUAUCUUUUUUUUUCUUUCUUUUGUGUCUUUUUCUUAUUUAUCUUUCUUUCUUUCUUUUUUUUUCUUCUGUAUCUUUCUUUCUUUCUUUUCUUUCUUUCUUUUUUUCUUUAUUUUUCUUUCUUUUUUAUCUUUCUUAUUUUCUUUCUCAAAAUUUCUUUCUGUCUUUCUUAUUUAUCUUUCUUUCUUUUUUUUUGUCUUUCUUAUUUAUCUUUCUUUCUUUCUUUCUUCUUUCUUUCUUUCUUAUGUAUCUUUCUUUCUUUCUUUGUGUCUUUCUUAUUAUAUCUUUCUUUCUUUCUUUUGUGUCUUUCUUAUGUAUCUUUCUUUCUUUCUUUUUGUCUUUCUUAUAUAUCUUCUUUUUUUUUUUUUUUUCUUUUUUUAUGUAUCUUUCUUUCUUUCUUUUGUGUCUUUCUUAUGUAUCUUACUUUCUUUCUUUUGUGUCUUUCUUAUGUAUCUUUCUUUCUUUUUUUUGUGUCUUUCUUAUGUAUCUUUCUUUCUUUCUUUUGUGUCUUUCUUAUGUAUCUUUCUUUCUUUCUUUUGUGUCUUUCUUAUGUAUCUUUCUUUCUUUCUUUUGUGUCUUUCUUAUGUAUCUUUCUUUCUUUCUUUUGUGUCUUUCUUUGUAUCUUUCUUUCUUUCUUUUUGUCUUUUUUAUUAUCUUACUUUUUUUCUUUUGUGUCUUUCUUAUGUAUUUCUUUCUUUCUUUUCUUUCUUUCUUUCUAUCUUUCUUUUUUUUCUUUUGUGUUUCUUUCUUUUCUUUCUUUCUUUGUGUCUUUCUUUUCUUUCUUUCUUUCUUUUUCUUCUUUCUUCUUUCUUUCUUUUUUUUUUUGUGUCUUUCUUUUCUUUUCUUUUUUCUUUCUUUUUUUUUUUUUUUGUAUCUUUCUUUCUUUCUUUUCUGUCUUUCUUUCUUUUUUUUCUUUCUUUCUUUUUUUUUUCUUUUUUCUUCUUUCUUUCUUUUUCUUUCUUUUUUCUUUCUUUUCUUUUUUCUUUUCUUCUUUUUUUCUUUCUUUCUUUCUUUUCUUUUCUUUCUUUCUUUUUUCUUUCUUUUUUCUUUCUUUCUUUUUAUUAUUUCUUUCUUUCUUUCUUUUUUGUCUUUCUUUUAUCUUACUUUUUAAAAAAUUUUUUGUCUUUCUUUGUAUCUUCUUUUUCUUUCUUUUGUGUCUUUCUUAUGUAUCUUUCUUCUUUUCUUUUGUGUCUUUCUUUAUUAUCUUUCUUUCUUUCUUUCUUUUGUGUCUUUCUUUGUAUCUUUCUUUCUUUUUUUUGUGUCUUUUCAUUUAUCUUUCUUUUUUUCUUUCUUUUUCUGUCUUUCUUAUGUAUCUUUCUUUCUUUUUUUGUGUCUUUCUUUGUAUCUUUCUUUCUUUCUUUUGUGUCUUUCUUAUGUAUCUUUCUUUCUUUCUUUUGUGUCUUUCUUAUGUAUCUUACUUUCUUUCUUUUGUGUCUUUCUUAUGUAUCUUUCUUUCUUUCUUUUGUGUCUUUCUUAUGUAUCUUUCUUUCUUUCUUUUUCUGUCUUUCUUAUGUAUCUUUCUUUCUUUCUUUUGUGUCUUUCUUAUGUUUCUUUCUUUCUUUUGUGUCUUUCUUAUGUAUCUUUCUUUCUUUUUUUUGUGUCUUUCUUAUGUAUCUUUCUUUCUUUCUUUUGUGUCUUUCUUAUGUAUCUUUCUUUCUUUCUUUUGUGUCUUUCUUAUGUAUCUUUCUUUCUUUCUUUUGUGUCUUUCUUAUGUAUCUUUCUUUCUUUCUUUUGUAUCUUUCUUUCUUUCAUAUGAUUCUUUGA